AUGGCCUCUGAAUGGGAAAGAAACCAGUUAUACUUUGCAGACAAGGACUGGGACGACAUCAAGUUUGGUGUGGAGAACGAAGUUGAUUUCUACGCCCUCUCGUUCGUCAAGGACGCCCAUGUCGUGCACGAGCUCAAGUCCUACCUCAGAGAAAAGAACGCGGAUAUCCGGGUUCUGGUGAAGAUUGAGAGCGCUGAUUCGGUGCCCAACCUGCACUCCAUCUUGGAUGCGGCAGAUGGGGCGAUGGUGGCUCGCGGUGAUCUAGGCGCGGAGCUUCCGGUGGAGGAGGUCCCGCUUUUACAGGGCGAGAUUAUUCGCAUUAACCGCAGCAUGGGAAAGCCCGUAAUCGUGGCAACCAACAUGCUCGAGAGUAUGAUUGUGCAUCCGGCCCCAACUAGAGCGGAGGUUUCGGACAUCGCGAUCGCGGUCCGAGAGGGCGCUGAUGCAGUCAUGCUAUCGGGCGAGACUGCCCAUGGCAAGUACCCUCUGAAAGCUGUCAAGGUGAUGCACACCGUCGCCAUGAGGACGGAGGCUACCAUGCCCGAAACGCACGCACCGCCCAACCUGGGCAGGGCGUUCAAGAACCACAUGAGCGAGAUGUUUGCGUUCCACGCGACCAUCAUGUCAAACACUCUGGGCGCCUCGAUCCUGGUGUUCACACGGAGCGGCUUCAUGGCCAUGCUGCUCUCGCAUUACCGUCCCGUGGGAACGACCUUUGCCUUCACGAAUGACAAGCGGGUGCAGCAGCGCCUGGCCCUCUACCACGGCGUGAGGGCGCUCUACCUGGAGUUCCAUUCCGAUGCAGAGGAGACGUUCACUGAGGCCAUCAACAUUCUGUUGACACGUGGCAUGGUGAAGCCGGGUGAGGACGUGGCUCUCGUCCAGAGCGGACGGCAGCCCAUCUGGCGGUCCGAAUCCACACACCACAUCCAAGUGCGGACUGUGAGGAGGCCGGAUGAGGGUCAAGAGGAAGAUGGAUCACUUUAG